CGAAGCGAACAUAUCGAGGCGACAGCGUCGCUUGCAGUUUGCGAGAGGCUAAGUGAAUUUAUAGUUCCCGAGCGAAUGUCUAUACUGAUUUAAUCCUCGAAUAAUAUGAAGAAAACCAAGCCGCUGCUGCACGACCAUCUGAUAACGAUCCGAGUAAAGAAGUACCUCGAAGAGCACAUUGGUGAAACCUAUCUGGAUGUAAAGCAGAUGACCCGGGAGUUGAUGCAAAAGUAUCCGGAAUACUCGCGUCGCAAAUUCGGUCCAUUCAGGCAGUUGGUGCACCAAGCAUUUUCCAUCAUCUCGGAUAGCUACAACUUAGACAAGGUAAGCAGCUCGGACGACGAGUGCAUCAGCGAGGAAUUGGAGGCACCACCCACCAACAGUGUAAUGAAUAACAUGAUGAACAGCCUGUAUAACGCACCAAGGAAACCACUGGCUGCCAAGCCAAUCAGCGAACCCAUCGAUAUAUCAAGUGGAGACGAAAAUGACGAUGACUCCAAUACCAACACCACCAACGGAGACGGUCAAGCUCCUGUUCCUCCGAUAAUUCAGCCCAACGCCUUGAAACGGCUGAUGGACGAUCUGCCAGAGACCACGGCGGUUCCAAAGAAAUCAGCUAAACCGAAUACUAUUCCAGGCUCUGGUCCAGAAUCAUCCAACAAAUAUCAUAUAGGUAUGGGACCCAGAGGUAAAAACCACUCUGAGGACGCCGGUCAACGAAAGGAUCCUCGCAAUGCGGCCGGAUUGUACCAGCAGCUGCAGGCGAACGCAAAUCGGGACCGCCCGCGGAAAUACAAGAAGGAGCUGGAGGUGCAACAUACCACCGAGAGUUUCAGGGAUAUUGGGGGCAUGGAUAGCACCCUGAAGGAGCUAUGUGAGAUGCUAAUCCACAUUAAGUCGCCGGAGUUCUAUUUUCAAUUGGGUCUACUGCCCUCAAGGGGUCUAUUGCUGCACGGUCCGCCAGGAUGUGGCAAAACCUUUCUAGCCCGUGCCAUAAGUGGGCAACUGAAGAUGCCGUUGCUGGAAAUUCCGGCCACCGAGCUAAUUGGCGGCAUCUCUGGUGAGUCGGAGGAACGCAUUCGAGAGGUCUUCGAGCAGGCCAUGGGCUUCUCGCCCUGCGUGCUGUUCAUCGACGAGAUUGACGCCAUCGGUGGCAAUCGUCAGUGGGCUGCCAAGGAUAUGGAGCGUCGUAUUGUGUCGCAGCUGAUCAGCAGCUUGGAUAACCUAAAGGCCAACGAGUUUGGCCAGUCCGUAGUGGUCAUUGGGGCUACCACGCGUCCCGAUGUUCUGGAUCCGGGUCUACGUCGCAUCGGUCGCUUUGAUCACGAAAUUGCCAUACAUAUACCCUCACGCAAGGAGCGACGUGAGAUCUUGCGCAUUCAGUGCGAGGGUUUGUCAAUUGAUCCCAAGCUUAAUUAUGAUAAGAUUGCAGAGCUAACACCUGGAUAUGUGGGUGCCGAUCUGAUGGCUCUCGUCUGUCGGGCAGCAGCCGUCGCUGUUAAGCGUAGGUCCAUGAAAAAGUUCCGUGAGCUGCAUGCUGCCAGCGAAAAGAAUAUGACUACAGUCACUUUGGAUGACGAUGAGCCCAGUGAGGAGCCUGGUGACAAGGCUGAAAAAGAAUCGGAGGUUGAUCCAAAAGCUGAAAAGGAAACUGAAAAGGAAGGUGAAAAGGAAGCUGAAAAGAAAGAGGAGUCAGACACAAAGGAGGAUGGGGACAAGGAAUCAACCGAUAAUGCGCCAUCCGAAGGCGAGAAACCCAAAACUGAAACUCCUAAGAAAACGACCAACGGCAAAUCACCUGAGAAGCCAAAGGUAGCCGCCAUGGAGGUGGAUGAAGAGGUCGUCGAAACGACGGAAAAACCUGUAGAACAGGAAGCGGACUCUUCGAACGACGAAUACUACGAGCCUACUCUGGCCGAGUUGACCAACUUUUUGGACAAUCCGCCCGAGGAGUUCGCCGACCCGAACUUCUGCCUCACUCUCAUCGAUUUCGUGGACGCCAUUAAGGUCAUGCAGCCUUCGGCCAAGCGCGAGGGCUUUGUCACAGUUCCGGACACCACUUGGGACGACAUUGGAGCCCUGCAAAACAUUCGCGAUGAGCUUAAGCUGGCUGUCCUCGCACCAGUUAAGUAUCCGGAGAUGCUUGAACGUCUUGGGUUGAAUGCUCCCUCUGGGGUUCUGCUGUGCGGUCCGCCCGGUUGCGGCAAAACUCUCCUUGCCAAGGCUAUUGCCAAUGAAGCUGGCAUUAAUUUUAUAUCAGUAAAAGGUCCAGAACUAAUGAAUAUGUAUGUUGGCGAGAGCGAGCGUGCUGUGCGGGCUUGUUUUCAACGUGCCCGUAACUCUGCCCCUUGCGUCAUCUUCUUCGACGAGUUCGACUCACUGUGUCCGAAGCGAUCGGAUGGUGGCGAUGGCAACAAUUCCGGAACCCGUAUAGUCAAUCAGCUCCUUACCGAAAUGGAUGGUGUGGAGGAGCGCAAGGGUGUAUACAUCCUGGCGGCGACUAACAGACCGGACAUUAUAGAUCCCGCCAUCCUGCGACCGGGUCGCUUAGACACCAUUUUGUACGUGGGUCUUCCGGAGCAAGGCGAGCGUGCAGAAAUUCUUAAGGCCACCACAAAGAACGGAAAGCGUCCUGUGUUGGCUGAUGAUGUAGAUCUGGAUGAGAUUGCUGCCCAAACUGAAGGCUAUACUGGUGCAGAUUUGGCAGGACUGGUUAAGCAGGCCUCGAUGUUCUCCCUGCGUCAAUCCCUAAACGAAGGCGAAACGAAACUUGACAAUCUGUGCGUUCGUAGCCAGCAUUUCAAAGAGGCUUUGCAGCAGUUGCGACCCUCAGUUAACGAACAGGAUCGAAAGGUAUACGACAAACUGCGCCUAAAAUACGCUGCGCCUAGGGUACCCACCUUCGAUGAUAAGUAACGCUCUCAACAAUAAUGGAUUUGUUGUAUUAGUCGAUAAGCACACUCGCGAAUCAAAAAGAUUGUGUUUUGCGAGAAUUCACGUAUGAUUUACAAUACAAAUGUAAUUUUGCCCAGAAACCAAAUCAUUUCUUUGCCAUCGUAAGCCUACCAUGUAAAAUGUGUAGAAAGCGCAAAUAUUUCCGAAACUUACAAAAUUGAAUGAAAUUUACAAACUUUUUAAAACUGACAAAUCUGUGGGAUAAAUUAAACUAGCAGUUUAUUGGAAAUGCUCCCUGCUAAUGGGCUUACACAUUUAAUUUAAAAUACAUUAAUUUUAAAUGUAAACUUAUAAUCACAAA